UUUUUUUUUUUUUAAUUAAACUUCGACGCAAAGAGAAGCUGUUUUCUCUGUUUAAAGAUGCCCUUUGGAUUUUACCAUGAUGUAGUUGUUUGUAUAGCAAGAAGUGCCCUUUGGUCCUUCUUCUCUGACAUUCAGCUCGAAGAUGUCGAGAACGUACCUCCGGCAUCGCAACCUGUCAUUAUAGCUGCUACUCAUCAUAAUAUGAUUAUUGAUCCUGCUGUUCUUUCAGUUACCUACCCUAAACAACGUCGUUUACAUUAUUGGGCAAAAGAUACCAUGUUUAAAAAUCCAUAUGCUGCAAAAUUCCUCAGCAAUUGUGGUGUAGUACCAGUAGAUAGAACAACCAAAAACAAUAAGUUACUGUAUGCUUCUACAUUUCAGGUUUUGAAAUUGGGGGAAGCAGUAGCCGUCUUUCCGGAGGGGACAAGUCAUACAUUGCCAAAGCUAGGAUUAUUCAAAGACGGCACUAGCUUUGCCGCUCUAGAAUAUGCUAAGAUAUGUCAUGAAGAAGGUCGUGCAGACUAUGCACCUAUUUUGCCUGUAGGCAUAGUGUAUCCAGAAAAGUCAAAAUACCGAAGUAUUGUCAUUGUAAAAUAUGGAAAACCAAUAUCAGUUGAGCCUUUCUUAUCGUUAUACUUACAAGAUCCGAAAAGUGCAGCCAAACAACUAACCAAAACACUAGAGAAAUCGAUGGAAAAACUGACAGUCAAUGCACCUGAUUGGGAGAGCAGAUAUGCCGCUGAUAUGGCACGAGGGGUACUCUUUCCUGACAAAUACAAAUCGAUGACGGAAUAUAUACCUAUUACUCAAAACCUGAUUGAUGCGUUCGUCACACUCGGUGAACAUAACACUGAAAUUGCGAAAUUGAGAAAUAGUUUAGUGGCCUAUAAAUUAGAGCUCGCAGAUCUCUUAUUGAAAGAUACGCAAAUUGCCAAAUACAGUGAGAAGGAUAUCACAGCAAUUUCUACCACUUUGCAAUUACUGCAACGCACCAUCCUUAGCUUAAUCGACUUGCCUUUGUUCUUACCGGGUUUGAUAGGUCACAUGCCCCUUUAUGUAGCUGGCUAUCUUGCGGGUCACUUUGAAAUCUACGAAGAAGUCCGUGCUCAGAACAAGAUUUUUCUCGGUAUGGCAUUAGUACCUGUCAUCUACAUCGUGGCAUUUUUAUGGGGAUGGCACGCUUUAUUUAAUGGUACCUUUUUCGGGUUCUUCCAGGCGUUGGCUACGUUGGGUAUUUUUGUUUGGUAUCAUGUUACAUCAAUUGAUGAACGGUAUGAUAAUUUCAAAGACUUACUGGGACGUUGGCGUUUGUUUGAUGCCGUCGUUCUUGGUAGAGGCAUGUGGAAGCGCAAGGAACGCAUAUUAGGUUUACAAAAGCUGAGAACGGAAAAUGUUAGACAAUUACGCAAUAUGAUCCUGGAGCAUCAUUCAACAAAUGAACAUAUUGAAGUGAUAUGGUCUGCUUUACGGCAACAUGCUUUGGACAUGGUGACGUAUAGACCAAAGAAAAGCUCUUUGAUAAAACAAUAUGAGUGGAUAUUGAAGCGCCAAUAGAAGUUGUUAAUUUCUAUCUCUCUUUUAUAAACAAUGUCUAUUUGGGCAAACUGUUAUAUGCUUAUAUACAAUCUAUAUCAACCUGGACAACAUUCUGUAAUUUAACCAUAUUUUAUUUCGUUUUAUUUCAGGGCAAAGCUGCAUAUCAAUAGUCUGUGGUUUAGAUGAUACAGAGCACCGUUAACAGGGAAUAAACGACAAACAUACUAUGUGCAUAAAAUGCUUAUACUGAAACAAUUACUCAAAAUGUUGUAUAGCACAUUAAGCUCGUUUGAAAGAAAAGUAAAGAAAUAAAAAAAUAAAUUGAAUUUGUCUGUCAGUUUCUGUGAUGCUGGUAACCCACUGGAAAUACAGUGGGACCAGCAAGGAAACGAUCAGAAGCCCUA